AUGAUGUCGUUCUUUUCUUUGUUUUUAGGGCUGGGAAGAGAGAUAAAGGCAAUUGAGCGGAAAAACCCAAAGAGAUUAUUCGAACGUUCCGUUAAUCAGAAUCCGCAGCGCAGAAACGCGGUUCUUAUUCUUAAACAUUCCACUGCGAUCCCAUUUAAAACUAGGUUUAAUAGAAUCGUGUGUUCCUAUUGUCACGACGAACUUGAUAGUAUGGAGGCUCUGAGGAAACACGUGAAUGAAAACCACGCUAACGCCGACUAUAACAGUGCGUUCUACAAAGUAGUCGAUGAUUUAAAAAUUGACAUAACUAACUUUAUUUGUAACUUAUGCUCAGAGAGUUUUGACGCUGUAGACAGAUUUAUGUCUCACCUAUCGAGUAGCCACGGAAAAUCUGUGAACUAUGACGCACCGUUUGGUGUCUUGCCGUACAAGCAAGACGGUAACGGCCUCUGGACGUGCCUCGAGUGCGAUAAGUUGUUUCGCGAUUUUCCUCAAAUCAACUGCCACUUGAGGUCUCAUGUUAAAAUAUUCACGUGCGACAAAUGUGGCGCCACCUUCCUCUCUGACCACGGUUUACGACAGCACGAAAAGAAUUUCAAAUGCUACACCGCCACGUAUAAGCCGCGCUUCGGCAAAGCGCUAAAACACAGAAGCAAUACAGAGAUUAUUCUUAAGUGCUCCACGGCUCUGCCGUUUCGAAUAUGGGGUCAAAACUUUAACUGCAUGUUCUGUCGAGUGCAAGCUGGCAACCCCAACGGACUGCGAGCCCAUAUGGCGUCGAGGCACGCUAAUUUUGAAAUAGGUCUCGUAUUUAACAGGCGGCUUAACAAAGAGUUUUUAAAAGUAGAUAUAACGAAUCUACAGUGUAAACUAUGCUUUUUGCAUAUAGAGAGUUUAGAUGACUUGCUCUCCCACUUAAAGAACGACCAUAAGCAACCGAUCAAUUUCGACGCUCAGCCAGGGGUUUUGCCGUUUAAGCUCAACGACGGUUCGAGCUGGAACUGCGUGCUAUGCAAGAUGCAGUUCACAGACUUCAUAUCAUUAAAGAAGCACACGUCAGAACAUUACCAGAAUUACGUUUGCGACACGUGUGGUGAGGGUUUUAUAACAGAAGGAGCACUUCGAGCGCAUAAAAGAAUACCACACGGCAAUAAAUAUAAUUGCAGCAGGUGCGUCGCGACCUUUUCUACCCUGGAAGAACGACGGAUUCACAUGAAGACUCAGCAUACAACAAUGCCUUACAUGUGCAUGCACUGUAAGGACAAGCCCCGUUUUGCGACGUGGGAGUUGCGCAAGCGUCAUUUCAUGGAGGUUCACAAUUUUAAACCGGGCGCUGAUGCGUACGAAUGUACCACUUGUCACAUGACGUUUAAAACUCGAUCGCAAAAGUACCACCAUAAUGUUAAGUCGCACAGGUCCAAGAAGGAUUCCGAUUAUGGGUUCCCUUGGCAAGGGACCCACGAAAACCAGAGUAGCACAGAACAUGAUGAAAUAGAGCCUAGUAAUAAGACGGAGAAGAAAUAUCAGAGAAGUGCGAGAUCCGAAGCGCGCUUUAAAACCAAAAAGAACGCAGCGUCUAUAUUAGAAUGCUGGACGCUAACGCCCUUUAGAUGGAAGAAGAACCAUUUCAAGUGCGCUUUCUGUGAAAGCAUCUUCAACAAUUGCACUGAUCUUAGAGAACAUGUCAGCUUGUGUUCCCUUCAUCACAGCAUGAAAGAUAUUUACAGUAAAUUCAAAGAAAUGCCCCUCAUUAACGUUGACGUCACGAACGCGGUAUGCAAGCUCUGCGCAUGUCCCUAUUAUAGCGUCCCUCACAUGCGACAGCAUGUUAUCGAGCAUGGCCUGAAAUUUGACAGUAAAUACCCCGACGGCGUCCUCCCUUUCAGCCUGAACAAAGAGCUAUGGUGCUGUCUCAUAUGCCGUGAGAAGUUUAACAACUUCCUCAAACUCUACGAGCACAUGAACACACAUUACCAGCAUUACAUAUGUGCGAAUUGCGGUAAAGGUUACAUGACUGCGCCGAGAUUGAGAAAGCAUUCGGAAGUACAUAAGGAGGGUUUAUUCCCGUGCGAUAAAUGCGGACGUACGUUCACGAUGCGAGCGGCUAGAGAUUACCACAAAGCCAACACCCACGCGAAAGGCCCAAGAUACGAAUGUCCCCAAUGCGACAUGAGGUUCAACCGUUAUUACGAUAGGAUGAAACACCUCAAAGACGUCCACAAAGUUAAGGAGGUGGAGUACGAGUGUUCACACUGUGACAGAUCAUUUAAGACCAGCGGGCAAAGGUCGUCGCACGUGCGCACUGUACACAUACCCCAACAGCGCAGUUUUGAUUGUAAUUUGUGCGAAUGGCAUUUUAAAACGCCCUAUGAGCUUAAGAGGCAUAUGGUGAAACAUUCCGGUGAAAGGACCUUCAGUUGCAGUGUAUGCGGCAAGUCCUUUCCGCGUAGUAACGCCCUGCGAUCGCAUUUAAAGACUCACGAUGAGCUUUGCUGCAAGAUUUGUGGUGUUACAUUUAAGCAGAAGCACGGUUCCGCAAAUGCGAUUUCUGGGGAUACGGGGGUUACAGUAUAUAGAAAGUUAAAAGAACACGUCAGCGAUCGGCAAAUGCGCAGGCGCCGCCGGGCUAACAACGAGCUGCCGGAGGAAUCCGAAAGACGCAUCGCUAAAACGAUGAUGCAAAGAAACGCUAUAACAAUUCUCGAAUGUUCUACCGCGUGGGCCUUCCGCUGGUUCAGGAGCGCCUUCUAUUGCUCCUAUUGCGAUAGCAGAUUUUUAGAACCGGAAAUAUUACGCGAUCACGUGCACAGAAACCAUUUGAAUCAAAAACCUACUAAGGGCGUGUUUUCCAAACUAACAGAGAACAACAUGGUCAAAGUGGAAAUAUCUGACUUGCAUUGUAGACUCUGUGGAGUCAAUUCGGAAUCGAUAGACGCUUUAAAAGAGCACUUAGUCUCAUAUCACAAUAAAAAGUUGCAUUUAGACUACUGUGAUGGCGUCCUACCGUUUAAACUGAGUCCGAACAAAUAUAAGUGUCCAAAAUGUUCGGUAGACUUUUUGACGUUUUCCAAAAUGAACGAACACAUGAAUAGCCAUUACAGAAACUACAUUUGUGACACUUGCGGUAAAGCUUUUGUGUCCAAGUCGCGUUUUAGAACUCACGUUCAAUCACAUGAGAUCGGUAGCUUUCCUUGCGGGCUGUGCGAUGAAGUGUUGGAGACGAGGGCAGCUCGUACCUGCCAUAAGUCCAAAAUCCACCAUAGGGGCAUACGAUACAGGUGUCCCCGGUGUCCCGAAGUUUUCACGAAAUACUACGCGAGAGUCAAGCACUUAGUCGAUAAACAUGGUCAACAGAAGAUUGACUAUCCCUGUACUAAUUGUGGACAAAAGUUUGACACUAGUUGCAAAAGAGCAGCGCAUCAUCGCGUCACCCAUAAAGUGGGGCCUGAAGAUAUAAAGGAGAACAUAAAAGUUGCGUGGAAAAAGAAACGAAGUUUACGCGAAGAGAAAGCAAACGCCGCUGCCAUUUUGGAAUAUUCAAAUGCGGUACCGUUUAGGUGGCUCCGUGGCAAACUAAUGUGUGGAACUUGCCCCGAAAUAUGCACUAACAUGCAAACAAUGCGGUUACAUGCAAGGCUCCACGGAAAAACGGACCUAUUUCGAAAUACUGGAAUUAGGAAUUGUUUUCCUCUCCGCGUUGAUGUGACGGAUUUGGCAUGCACUGUCUGUGGGAAACGUGUCGACAGUGUCCCGAUUUUAAAGCAACAUUUAACUACCAUUCAUAAUGUAAAAAUCGAUUCAAACUUCAGCGAUGGGGUCGUGCCUUUAAUCUUAACGGAAAAAGACUUUCGAUGCACUCUCUGCGGUGUGCUGUUUAAAACCUUUAUGCUCCUCAAUAUUCAUAUGAACAGUCAUUAUUCGGAAUACAUAUGUCCCUCGUGCGGCAGAGGGUACUCCGCAAAGCACAAACUUCGAUCUCAUAUGAAAAUUCACGAGGCCGGAGAGUUUAAGUGCUUAAAAUGUGACUCAGUCUUUACCACGUACAGUCUUCAAAAGAGGCACCGAUCUCUCGUCCAUGGACCGAAGCGUCGUUACCGAUGCCCCACCUGCGACGAGUCGUUCAAAUCCCAUCAUUCCAGGACCCGGCAUCUUGAUAGAGUUCACGGGCAAAAAUCAGAAUAUCCAUGCAACUUCUGCCCGGCAGUUCUUGGACCGGUCGAUAAACAACCGACGAAAUUAUUAUGGAAACAGAAAAGGAAGUUUAACGAUCAGAGAGACAACGCGGCUAUAAUUUUAGAGUGUUCUAACGCUUGUCCAUUUAGAUGGAGGCGGGGGUGUUACACGUGCGCGCAUUGUCCCACCAGGUUUGCGGACUUCGAAAGCAUUAAGGAGCAUUCCGCCGAGCAUCUCAAUAAAAUUGAGGCUCUGAAAUUCGCCCGUACAUUCGACUACGUUAAAGUCGAAGUUACCGAUCUAGAAUGUAACAUAUGCCAUCGAAAAAUACCAGAUUUAGAAGCUUUGAAAGACCACCUUUUAGUUGAUCACGAAAAACCAAUUGUCAAAGAUUUCGGAUUAGGUGUGUUGCCGUACUUGCUUAUGAACAAAGAGUUAAUUUGUACGAAGUGCGGCGAAAGAUUUCUACAAUUCACAAAACUCAAUACUCAUAUGAAUCAACAUUAUCCUAAUAACAUUUGCUGUCAUUGCGGAAAGGCAUUUUCGGCUGCGCAUAGGCUGAAAGCGCACCAAGUCACACACGAGUCGCACACAAGGUGCACUAGAUGUGAUAAAGUAUUCGAAACUAGAAUUCAAUUUAAUAGACACGUUUAUUUGAAUCACAAAUCGGAGUAUCGAUACCGCUGUCCUUAUUGUAACGAGGUAUUCAAAACUUACUCAGCUAGAUUGAAACAUCUGAAGAGUUCGCACGAGAAGAAAGUCGAAUAUCCCUGCAACUUUUGUCCUCGAAUUUUUUCCAUGUAUAACCAGCGCACUAGGCACAUCCAGCAGGUCCAUAUAAAGCAUAGGCCGUUUCUAUGCGAACAGUGCCCUUACAAGUUCGGUACAGCCGCUCAAUUGAGGAACCACAUGGUGAAACACGUGGGCGAAAGAAAGUUUCAGUGCGAAGUUUGUAAGAAAAUGUACGCGAGAAUGAAGACGCUUAAGGAACAUAUGAGGAUACACAAUAACGACAAGCGUUUCGUUUGCGAGUUUUGUAAUAGUGGCUUCGUGCAAAAAUGCAGUCUCAAGAACCACUUGCGCAUCCAUCAUCCUAACGAAAGAGAGAAGGCCGAUGAUAUAAAAGACGAAGAGAUUGUGCCCGAAUAUACGUCAUUGAUCGCUAAUGAUGAACUUGUUAACCGGAGAUUGGAAGGGAACGCUCGUCGAGCAAUAUUCAGAAAGAAUAUCAAAGUUAUCCUAUCAUCGUGUACCGCUUACCCGUUUAAGUACAGAAAAGGGGCAUACCUCUGUUUCUUUUGUAAGAGCAGUUUUCUGGAGCCGGAAAAGUUGAGAGAGCAUUCGCAAAAAUUCCACACCGACUCACUCUUUAAACCGCGAAAAUAUGAUUCUUUGAAAAUGGAUUUUUCCAACACUAUAUGUAAGCUUUGCGGCGUUAAUAUCGCGGAUUAUACAGAGCUAAAAUCACACGUUAGAAAUCACGGCGAGUCCAUAGACUGUUCGUUCGGGGAAAGUGUACUGCCCUACAAAUUGAGCAAAGAAGAAUACUGCUGCCAAAUAUGCGGCAAGCGAUACGAAAUGUUCCUUAGUCUCCACAAACAUAUGAAUAACCAUUACGAACACUAUAUAUGUGAAACGUGCGGUAAAGGCUUCGCUACUCAACAGCGCAUGCUUAACCACUCGCGUACACACGAAAAGGGCAAUUUCUGCUGCAAGCACUGCACUGAAAACCUACCAUCCUACGCCGCACUGUACGCGCACAUAGCCAAAAUCCAUAAGGCAAAUAAACGAUACAAAUGCCCUAUUUGCGACGAAAAGUUCUCAUCCUAUAAUUACAGGAUGAAGCAUUUAAAAACGAUUCACGGUGAAAAAACCGCGCUGUUCCCGUGUCCGUCUUGUCCUAAAGUUUUCGAUUUAUGCAGCCGAAGAACUGCCCACAUCCGGUCCCAGCAUUUGCAAGAGCGAAAUCACGCUUGUACCAUCUGUGGGAUGAAGUUCUUCUCUAAUUACGAACUGCAAGAGCAUAAUAUAAAACACGGCGGUGCUAGGAUAUACCAAUGCGAUGUCUGUGAAAGUAACGACGCAGCCAGCGAUGAGAUGGAAACGCGUAAAGAUAACGCUAGGAAUAUUAAAGACCUAGACGCCAUAAAAGCAAGAAAAAAGAACGCCAUAUUACUCCUAGAACAUACUACGCUGUGCCCGUUUAGGUGGAUGAAGAACCUGUAUCUAUGUUUCUACUGCGAUCAGCAAUUCACGGAUCCGGCGGUGUUACGUCAUCACAACUUUAUCGAUCACAACUGUGUCAAGAACGCCGAUAUUAAAUACGCGAUGUCCAAAUUAAAAAGACACGAAUUGGUCAAAGUCGACAUAACUGACGCGUGCUGCAAGAUGUGUCAUGAACCAAGUCCUAAUUUGAACAAGCUGAAGCGACAUUUAGUAGCGGACCAUAAGAAAACACUUAACGACGUCAGCACUCACGAAGUUCUACCCUUCAAAGUGACGAAAGAUAGUUUUAAUUGCGCUUUGUGUGAAAACAAAUUUGACGAGUUCAAAACUUUAAAUCAACAUAUGAACACUCAUUUCCAAAACUUUAUGUGUGAACAGUGCGGGAUCGGGUUUAUAACGCCUGAGAGACUCCGCACGCACGCGUUCUCACACGAGAGCGGCUCUUUCCCUUGCGAGUCUUGUGACAAGAUUUUCAGAUCGAUGAACGCAAAAAACGAGCAUUUUGCAAAUGUACACAAACAGGUUAAGAGGCACAGAUGUCCGCAUUGUCCUGAAGCUUUUAGAAAUUACUUUCAGAAAAACAAACAUAUAGCGACCAUACACGGCUUAAAAUUAAAAGAAUUUAAGUGUAAUGUCUGUCCAAAAGUGUUCACAACGAGUGGAAAGUUAGGUGUUCACAUCAGAACGGUCCAUUUGAAAAUGAAGCGGCACGCGUGUAGUCUUUGCGAAUGGAAGUUUUAUUCUAAAUCCGAACUGAAGGAGCAUAUGGUCCGGCAUGGUGGGGAGCGCAAAUAUAAUUGUGCCGUUUGCAAAAAGGCAUAUGCCAGAAAAUAUACGUUGCGAGAGCAUAUGCGCAUACACGAGAACGAUAGGAGAUUUGUUUGUAGUUACUGCGGCGGAAAAGAAACUGCGAUAGAGGCACCCGCAAAAAGGAUAACACCACUGUUUCAAGUGGCAUACGAUCGAAGCCUUUGCAAACCUUUGGGAACCAUCAUCGACUUCAGCAAAAUUCGCCUUAAGACCAAUAAUUUAUCGUCUAUCGGACAUGAUAUUAGAUCGCGCAGCCUCACGCCGGUGUCUAUGGAUAGAAGUAGUCCACAGUUGGAGGAAGUGAGCAGUGUGAAAAGAGAUGCACAUAUACCUAAAAAUCAACCGGGGAAUAGACAAAACGCCUUGACAGUAUUCGAAUUUUCGACAGCAUAUCCGUUUAUCUAUGGUAACAAUAAGUUCAAAUGUUUUAUAUGCUCUCAGCCGUUUCUAGAAAUAUCUCUGCUCAGAGCUCACAUGAGUAGCUCGCACACGUUUUCCCCCUUAAAAAGGUUACUGAACAAUAAAAGAGAAAAUGUCCUAAAGGUGGAUGUUAGCCAACUGACAUGCAAAUUGUGCCCAAUGAAACCACACGACUUAGUGCAACUCAAGUAUCAUUUAAAACACGAUCACCAGAAAUCGGUUGAUCCGGAUUUAAAGGACAACAUGAUACCAUUCAAACUAGACCCGGAUGAGUCAUACAAGUGUGUUAUUUGUGAGGAGAGCUUCAUCAAAGUUCGUCUCCUGGUGAUACAUAUGAACGUUCACUUUAACAACUACAGUUGCGAGAUAUGUGGAACUGGCUUUAUGACGUUGAGGCUUCUGAAAACGCAUUUGGAAACGCACGAGAGCGGUAAUUACCCUUGCGAUCGCUGCGACAAGGUGUUCAGUACGUCGCACAAGAGAUCUAUACAUAUACGGGGUGUUCACUUAAAGCAGUAUCCGCGCAGGUGCCCUAUGUGUCCGGAGAGGUUCAAUUCGAACUACCGCAGGACGAUACAUCUACAGGAUGUUCAUAAUCAGUCGACGAGGGUGCAUAAGUGCGAGACGUGCGGGCGAGCGUUUCACUUGAAGUACCAUUUGAUAUGUCACAAUCGUUCUGUACAUUUGCAAGAGAGAAAUCAUCAAUGUAAAGUAUGUACGCAGAGGUUUUGUAACAAGGAGACUUUGAAACGACACAUGGUGAUACACACUGGCGAAAAGAAUCACAAGUGCGACUUUUGCGGUCUGGCAUUCUUGCGUCGCAAGAAUUUGAAGGAUCAUCUACGAAGUCAUGAUGUUGUCUAA